CAUAGUACGAACACACUGGAAUACGCCGCGUGGCCCAAGAGCUCGCCCACAGGAUAAGAGAUGCGCGCCAAGCUCGCCGUCCUCGCCGCCGGCACCCCUCCGCCACCGCGGCGCCCACACCCCUCGCCGCGCCAGCGCCAAAUACCGCCGCGUAGAUCGCUCAGAUCGAUCCGCUCGCUGUCCGGCGGCGGACCGCCGCCGCCCCCGGCCCCGGCAUCUCGGAGGCGCGCCUGGCCGGCCGUCUCGGCGGCGCUCUUCGGCGCGGGGUUCCUCCUGGGCCCGCUCCUCGACGGGAUCCACUCCCGCGUCGGCCUCCAGGUCUACGGCAACGGCGCCCUCGACGUGGGCCCCCUCCACACCCACGUCCUGGUGCCGCCCCUGCUCGGCGCGUUCUACCUCACCAUCGGCCUGCUCCACCUGGCCCUGGACCAGAGGGCGCCCCCCAAGUCCAAGGCCACCGGCAGCUCACAGAAGACGGCGACGUCGCUGCUUGUUCUUGCUCUGUUCAUCGAGCUGAGCGCGGAGCUGUACAGAGCAGGGGUGCCCAGCAACGUGGAGGCCUACGUCCUGUUCGCCGGCGCCGAGUUCGUGUGGCUGUUCCUCGACGGCUCCUGGCUCGGCUUCGCCCUCGCCUGCCUCGUCGGCACCGUCUGCCCACUCGCCGAGAUCCCACUGAUCAAAUUGCUCGGAUGCUGGAGCUAUCCGAACGCCGACGUCCACCUGCUCGGCGAGGGGCUGGUGAGCUGGACGGCGACGUGCUACUUCGUCUACACCCCGUUCCUGGCGAACCUGGCGAGGUGGCUCGACUCACGGCUGGCAGCAGCAGACGACGGCGCCGGCGCCGGCGCCGAGGGAGACGACGGAGCGGCUCCACCGUGACACCGGAAGCAUCGCCAUGCUCAUGCCCUGCUCCGAUCCAUCGGUUAAUCUUCCAGGAUUCCAGACUGAAGGAAAAAAAAAACGUUGUGCACCCCAUUGUACAGUUGCACGAUCAUACAUUCAGACAUCCAGAGCUCGCGGCAUUGCGCGGCGCCAAGUGUAAAUGCUGGUUGUUGGAUCAUGCAAAGGUUCGCUGAGAGCAUGUCGAGAAUACCGGGAGCAUAUCCCGGGCUGUUUUCCGAUGAGCAAGCGUCUGACGGCGACGCGGCCUUGAUUUCGUGGUGGCCGCGCGGAUCCCGGCCGGAGGGAGAAGACAACGAUGGGCGCGGUUGCGCAUAACUUUUGUGAUAAAUGGUAUGAAAGCAUGCCGCGUUGAUGGUGAUUAGGAUUUGUCUUCAGGGAGUUCAGUCGUCCAGCCCUGAAGACGGUCCAGUGGUGUACGACUGGAAGAACAGCUUACUCUGCUUUUUGAUCGGUUCAAGACUGAUGGAGCACCAACUGAAUUCUGUUGUGUUUGGGAUUCUAUCUUCUUUAAUCUAUGUUGAUCCAAUUCUAAGA